ACUAAUCAAUCUGAAAAGAAAAGGCUCAAAGUUACGGCACUACUUUUCUGAUCAAGAUGGGCUCAGAAACUUUCAUUGAAGUGAUAUUGGCAAUUCUCCUCCCACCCGUGGGUGUCUUCCUUCGCUAUGGCUGUGGGGUGGAAUUCUGGAUAGAUUUGCUGCUGACAAUCCUGGGAUAUAUACCAGGAAUUAUAUAUGCACUAUAUGUACUUGUGGGAUAGUUGUUAAUUAUGAGCUUUGACGUUUGAAUAAGGUUGUAUCAACGUACAAAAAUUGUUAAAUUCAAGUCAUUGCCUUUUUGCC